AUGAUCUCCAAACUUCUCAGUUCAGCAAUCAUAGCCUCUUCUGCACUUGCAUACCCAGCGCCCCCAGACGGUGGCGUGGGCGUUUCAGGUGACGAACUCCCUGAGUACACCCCAAUGUCCGACUUUGACACCGCCAGCUUUGUCGUUGGUGUUAACCAGGAGUUCCUGGAGUUAGACCUCUUUCACAACAUCCUCGCAUCAUUUCCAGACGAGGAUUUCGAAGCUGUUGGCAUUGACGCAUCACAGAGAUAUUACAUCCAAGAAAUGGCUGAGCAAGAGGUUGGUCAUGCAGAGAUGAUCAACAACAUUCUCGCGUCGGUUGGACAGACCUCCCAACAGUGCUCAUACAAGUACCCUUACACUACUGUGAGAGAGGCACUUGCGUUCGCAGAAUACAUCACUAGAUUCGGUGAAGCAGGUGUCUAUGGUUUCCUUCCUCAUUUGGACUCUCGCCCAAUCGCUCAACUUCUUCUCCAAAGUAUCACCACUGAGGCCAAGCAAGAAGUCUCUAUGGCAAUGAUGGCGGGUGAAUUCCCACAACCAUACUGGUUUAACAUGGGUCUCACUCAAGCUAUGGCUUGGAGCUUGUUGGUUCCUUACCUCGACAGCUGCCCAGAAAGCAACCCAAGAGUCGAGUUCCCAGUCUUCCCAGCUUUGAAUGUCACCAACGCCAACGCGACGCUCGACACAUCUAUCGAAUCCGCUGUCAGUAAUAACUACACACACGUAGCUCAACCUGGCAGACAGCUCGAGCUGCAAUGGGAGGCACCAGGUAUGGCUGUUGGACCAUCAGAGCAAAACUACACCACCGAUAAGAACCCAGAUCUUGGUGACCCAUCGCACGUCGCCUUCAUUCACCAACUUAAUGUCACAUAUGCUCCACUCGAAAACAUCGACACUGAGGCCAUGACAGCUACCACUAUCCACCCAGACUUUAUGAUGUACGGCAAGGGUAUGGGCGUUAAUGGAACUGUCUUCAUCGCAAUCACCGACGAAGAAGUUCCAGUCACACCAUACAACUUUAGCUUACUCAACGAUCACGUCCAUGCAUUUGGACCAUACUUUGCAGGUAUCUGA